AUGUUGUCACUAAACUUAUCUAGAAACCAUUUGAGUGAAAAAAUUCCUAAAGAAAUUGGAGCCAUAAAAAAUUUGGAAACUCUUGAUCUCAGUUACAAUAAGCUUUUUGGAGACAUUCCUCACACCAUAUCUAAUAUUUCAUUUUUGGGAUGUUUGAAUGUCUCAUACAACAAUUUCACUGGACAAAUUCUAUUAGGAACCCAAAUUCAGAGUUUUGAUGCUUGGAGUUUUGUUGGGAAUCUUGAACUUUAUAGAGAUCCUCUUCCAAAGAAGUGCAAUAUAAAAGAGGAAACUCACAACUCAAAGAUUGCUGAUGGAAAUGAAGAUGAUAACUUUCUAAAGUCAUUGUAUCUUGGGAUGGGAGUUGGAUUUGCAGUGGGCUUCUGGGGAGUAUAUGGUUCUCUCUUCCUCAUCAGAGCAUGGAGACACGAGUUUUUCAGUGGUUUUAUCAUUUGGCAAAUCAACUUUUUGUUAAUAUGGUCCUCUGUUUCAAAAACUAUGGUUAAACAUGAGGAACAAAUUGCACUUGAGAAGAUUGUUGUUUAUGGGAGGGAGUUCAAUGUGACAUCACCACUGGCAGAGUCAUGGAUCUUUCUCUAUCUGAUCGUGGAUUACAAGAUUUCUUCAUUAAAAUAUCUUGAUCUCAGUGCUGUUGAUAUUGGAAGUGAAGCCAAAUGGCUCCAACAUACGGGAAUGCUUCCUUUGUUGUCUGUGUUGCGCUUGAGUGGUUGUCGGCUGAGACAUUUUCCAUCCCUCAACUAUGUUAAUUUUACAUCACUUGUAACUCUUGAUCUUUCUGACAACCAUAUCAACUCACUGUUGCUUGCUUCGUUCUUCAAUGUCACCAAAGACAUCUCUGUUCUUGACCUCGGCUCGAACAAUUUCUAUGGUCAAAUACCAAUAGCCUUAUUCAAGCUUCCUUACUUAAAAAGGUUAAGCUUGAGGUAUAAUCAACUCAGAGGAUCACUUCCAGAUUGGUUAGAUCGGCAUGAACAUUUGCAAUAUUUUGAUAUCUCUGAAAAUUUGAUCUCUGGUCCAAUUCCUUCAUGUUUUGGAAACCUUUCUUCCUUAGUUUUCUUGGAUCUAUCAAGGAAUCAAUUAAGCGGCAAUCUUCCAAUAAGCUUUGGACAAGUCCAUAGCCUGAAAUAUUUAAUCAUCCGAGGCAAUUCCUUCAUGGGUGUCCUCGCAGAAAAGAAUUUCGCCAAUCUCUCAAGAUUAACAUAUUUGGACUUAAGUUCAACUGGUUUCAAAUUUCACUUUGAUCCCAAUUGGGUCCCACCAUUUCAACUUGAGUCUCUGGAUGUGAGUAACACAAGUCUAGGUCCUAAUCUUCCAGCAUGGCUAUAUACACAACGGUCACUACGAGGACUAGACAUCUCUACAUGUGGGAUAGCAAAUAUAGAUGAAAAUGUAUUUUGGAGCAUUGUUUCAAGAAUUCAUAGUGUCGAUCUAUCAAACAACUUGAUCAGUGGAGACAUAUCCGAUGUGACAUUACACUCAUCAUCUAUUUCUUUAGACAACAAUAAUUUCACAGGAAGCCUCCCACACAUAUCAUCUGACGUAUUCUAUGUUUCAGCAUCGAACAAUGCUUUCUCAGGAUCUAUAUUCCCAUUGUUGUGUGAUAGUAAUGCAACAGAAGUAAUAAUAAUUUUUUUCGGCAAAUUUUCAUUGGACUUGUCGAACUGGACGAAUUUGGUUUACCUCUUUCUAGAGCGAAAUAAAUUUUCUGGAAGUUUGCCAAAUUUGCAGCAGAAAAAUUUGGUGGUUAUUCAAUUAAGAGCCAACCAAUUUACGGGUAAUAUUCCAUCUCAAAUAUGCAGCCUCUCAACUGUCAGAGUACUAGAUCUUGCCGAUAAUAUGCUUUCUGGACCCAUACCUUAUUGCUUAUAUAACAUCAUGAAUUCAUAUCCUACUGAUGAUAUUUAUCCGAUAGAGGCAGCGAACUUGGUCUCUAGAGGCAGAGAAUUGAAUUAUAAUGAUGCUUUUAUAGUUAACAGUAUUGAUCUCUCUUCUAACAACUUGUCUGGAGAAAUUCCUAAAGAAUUGUUUGGGAUGACUCAAUUGUGGUCCUUGAACUUAUCUCGAAACCAAUUGACAGGGAAGAUCUCUAAAGAAAUUGGAAGCAUGAAAAAUUUGGAAUCGCUCGAUCUCAGCUUCAAUAAACUUUAUGGAAAAAUUCCUUCGACAAUCUCUAAUUUGUCUUUUCUUGCUUAUUUGAAUUUAUCAUACAACAAUUUCAAUGGAGAAAUUCCUUUGGGAACCCAAAUUCAAAGUUUUGAAUUGUGGAGUUUUGUUGGCAAUCUUGAACUUUGUGGAGAUCCUCUUCCAAAAAUCUGCCACAAGAAGGAAGAAACCGACAACUCAAAGCUAGAUGAGGAAAAUGAAGAUGACAACUAUACAAAGUCAUUGUAUCUUGGGAUGGGAAUCGGAUUUGCAGUGGGCUUCUGGGGAGUUUGUGGUUCUCUCUUCUUCAUCAGAUAAUGGAGACACAAAUUUUUCAGAUUGUUUGGUCAUCUGGUGGAUCAGCUUUAUGUUUUUGUGACCCUCAGGUUCAAAAGUUUCCAUUGAACAUCAAGAACAUUCUGUGAUGUUGAGCAAGAAGUAGCAAGUUUAUUUGGUACAAUGAGUGUGGAGCCUGGUUUAGUUUUACAUGUCAUAUCUCUAUCUUAAAUUUGUGAAUUGAUGAAGGAAGAGUUUACGUAAUAAUAGUUAUUAGAGUACAUGCAAGAGUUCUCAUGCCACAUAUCAUUGUAUUUUGAACCUUUUAUC